AUGGCCAAUCGUACUGUCUGGAUAUCAGAUGAGCGCGGUCACCCAAUGAAAUUGAUCUGCUUCAAUAACAGUACAACAUUUCAAUCGGUCUUUACACACUUUGGCCUCCCCGAAAUGGCCAUGCAGUACAUGGACAACGACGACAUUGAUAAUCCGGAGGCAGCGGAGGCAAACAAAUAUUUUUAUGUGAAAAAGAUCAAAGAUUUCCCAGAGCCUCAGCCUGAAGGUGAACAAUACCAAUCAAGUCUUCAACUUGUUCAUGAAGUGUAUAUACUCAAUUGUCCCUCUAUGUCAGAUUUGGAGUGGGGGCUUGACAUGGACGUCCACCAGCAGGAGUAUUUCCAACUUGAUGGAACCAAAAGCCUGGUCAGGAACAGUAACAUUGACAAUAACGUCAGACGAUUGAUACAGCUGUUUGAGACCCAGCCCUCUGAAAUCCAGGAGGCAGAAAUAGUUCAUACAUGCAAAACUCCUCAAUUUGACUUGCAAUUUCAAUAUCAGAUCAGUAGUGUAGUGACUUAUCCUAAAAAGGAUCAAGAAGACCAAGAUAACAUUGGCAAUGAUAGUGAUAGGUCCCAUCAUGAACCUUUUAUGACCAUAGACCUCUUUGUGGAGACUAAUCUCACUCAAUAUAUCCAUUGGGAUCACAAAGGAAGAGUGUCACCACAAAUUCAGGUGCCAGGAUUGGCAGUGGAAAAACUCAAGAAUAUGGUCUCACCAGUACUGGUCACUAUGAGUCAUGUGGGAUCCAGUGUGGGAUCCAAGGAGGUUCCAGCAGGUCAGAUAAUUUUGGGGGAUAAGAACCACCGGUUGCUUAUUGAUCGAAUUCAAUCCCCAACUGGUGACACUCUCACACAACUCCAAAGAACGACAUUCAUUGACACACGGUCCUCAACUGAUAACAGAAUUCUUAUAUGGCCAGAACGUGUACCACACCCAGUAGUCGACUGGUGCCCAAAAGAGCUUUCUAUCUAUUCAAGAACACUUCUUCCUAGGUCUUGGGCAAAGCCAACUUUGUGCACAACACAAAAUCUCUUCACGCAGAACAUCAUCACUUGA